AAAAAACCCCAAAACAUAGGAUUUCUCCUCUUUUCUCCAUUAUUUCAGCCACUCCUUUCUUCUUCCUCUCCUUUCUUCUUCCUCUUCCAUAACCUUCCCCAAUUAAAUUAUUCACAACUAAUAAUUUAAUCGCGUGCGUUUUCUGUACGAUUCUCAUGACUCUCAUUAGGACCCUUUGUUCAUCUUCAAUUUCUAUUUGUUUACGUGAGAUUCAUUUAGCAUAUGUACGUCAAGAGGGAUUUGCUAGGUGAAUAGUCUUUAGGUAAAUUGGAGAUAUGGAAAAUAUAGUCAAAAAGUAUCAGCAGAGAUUCAGGAAAGUGAAGGAAGAAAUGGACACGUGGAAUGAUCUUCAAUCUCGAUUGCUUUCUCAGUUCACUAAUGCUUCUUCUAUCAUUCAGAGAUUACAGGUUCUUCAAGAUUCUAAGAAUUAUGGUGCCCUGAGAUGUGUUGAAGGCAUUGAAGAAGCUAUUUUGCUUAAACAAAUGGAUUCUCUUCAAACUAUCUUGCUUUCUAUGAAUCAAACUCU